AUGACACUCCGUCUCGUACAACUCUCAGACAAAUUCUUCUGCUACACCAGAGGAGAGAAAGAAGCCAGGUUCAUAUACAACGAGAUAUUCGAAGACCGCGAGUACGAUAGAGUCGAGCUGUCCAAGGACCCAUUUAUCGUUGACGUGGGAGCCAAUAUCGGCCUUUUCUCUCUCUACAUGAAGGAGAAGUACCCCCUCUCCAAUAUCAUCGCCUUCGAGCCGGCACCAGAAAACUUCGAGGCGUUGAACCGGAACUUAGCUUUCCAUAUGGUGUCUACCGUCACGGCGUAUCCGUACGCACUUGGCACAGAGGCCCGUUCUGCAGCGUUCACGUACUUUCCGAACAUGCCUGGUAACUCUACUUUGAAUAUCGAAGAGAAAGAAUGUCAGAUCCAGCUCUUCAAGGAGAACUACGAGGAGACGUUUGGGGAUGAUAUGUUCAAGGACGCUAAAGAGAUCAUGGUUCCGGUUAACCGACUUUCGUAUUUCCUGAGUCAAUACCACAGCAAUGUUGAGGUGAUUGACCUGCUCAAGAUUGACGUCGAGGGCACGGAGUCUGAGGUGCUAGGUGGGAUUGACGAUGCGGAUUGGGACAAAGUGCGAAAUAUCGUGAUAGAAGUGAGUAAUCUGAAGGGAGGUCUCGACAAGGUGAAACUAUUGCUGGAAACUAAAGGAUUCAUGGUUACCUAUGUGGCCGCACGAGGAAUUCCAGAGAUAUUCAAGAUGUUCAUUGUUACAGCUUGCCGUUGA